AUGCAUGCAUUAUUCUCACAAGUUGAAGUAUUUCUGAACAACAAACUGGUCACCCCAUCAAGCACAGCAUACCCUUACCGAGCGUAUAUCGAAACGAUCUUGAACUUUAGUAAAGACGCCAAAGAUUCACAUUUGACCUCAGCACUGUUCUAUAAAGAUAAAGCUGGAAAGAUGGAUGUAGUAAAUCCUCUCGCACAAGAUGCCAACGUCAACACGGGAUUAAAACAACGCCAUGCAUAUACACGUGAAAGCAAAUCUGUCGCCAUGGAAGGAAGACUUCAUUCUGAUCUAUUCGCGCAAGACCGUUAUAUUCUUGGUGCUGUUCCAAUCAAGAUCAAACUGGUGAGAUCUAGAAAUCCGUUUUGUUUGGUAUCAUCCGCAGAAAAUACCAAUUUCAAAGUGGUCAUCGAAGAAUGCUUGUUUCGUGUACGACGAGUUAACGUAGCCCCCAGUAUUAUACUGGCUCAUUCCCAGUCCCCUCAACAAACCACUGCCAAAUACCCAAUCAAUCGCAUCGACUGUAAGGUCGUCUCCGUACCUCGGGGGAACAUGUCUGGAAAUCAACCUAAUAUAUUUCAAGGUGGUUUACCAAAUCGUAUCGUGAUUGGAAUGGUCGACGCAGAUGCCUUCAACGGUACAUAUACGAAGAAUCCGUUCAGUUUCAAAAAUUACGAUAUCACAACCAUGGGUCUCACUGUUAACGGAGCGAACUUACCUGGAAAACCAUUACAAUUGAAAUUUGGAGCAGAUAGUAAGUACAUUUCUGCAUUUUAA